AGCCGCAAUUCCACUCAAGAAAAGAUCCUCUCCAAAGUUGUUUUACCCCUCACGUUCUUCACAGAAAAUUCACCAAAAACACAAAAAACAAAACCACCCGUUAACCACCAUCCAAACACCAUUAAUCUCACCUAUUUUUCAUCAAAUAAAAACCCAUAAGCUUACCCUUUAAACUUCAACAAAAAUCAGCCUAAAACAGCCAUGUGAGCGUCACUUUCACUGCUCCUUUUCUCCAUUGUUUGUACGCUAUUAAAAGCUCCCAAAAACACCAUCAUAGACCCCAUGAAACUCAUCUUUACACCCCAUGAAACACAUGAAACAUACCAUUAAAACACCAUAAAUUCCAGCUUUGAAAACCGUCGUCUUUCCGGUUGUUCGGCCGGGUUGGAGUGAGGUUUGUUGAGGUCCGAGGCUAGGUCCAUUUUUGUUCUGGUCUGAGGUUCACAAGAAUAUUUCGGCUCUGUUCGAGAAAAGGGCAAGCGAAGAAGGAGCCAACAUGGAGGGUUUUUUCUCUGAAGGAGAUGCACUUUGCUACAAAUAAUUUUAAUUAUGAUAACAGGAUUGAAGAAGGUGGUUUUGGAAGUGUUUAUUGGGGCCAGUUCUAGGAUGGAUCUCAGGUACCACAUUACUAAAGGAGUAAAUCUUCCUUUCCGUGUAUUACCAACUAUCAAAGAAUUAGGCCGUACACGUACGGAAGUGAAUAUUAAGGUUAAGAGUUUGUUUGGUGCAAAAAUGUUUGCUCUUGGAGUAGUUAUUAAAAUUCCAGUGCCAAAGAAAACUCGAAAAAUGAACUUCCAGGUGACAUCAGGGAAAGCAAAGUACAAUUCAGCCAUUGACUGUUUGGUCUGGAAGAUAAGAAAAUUUCCGGGACAAACUGAGUCAACAUUGAGUGCUGAGGUUGAGUUAAUUUUGACAAUCACAGAGAAGAAGUCCUUGACUCGGCCGCCAAUUCAGAUGGAAUUUCAGGUUCUCAUGUCUACAGCAUCUGGUUUGCGUGUUCGGUUUCUUAAGGUGUGGGAGAAGAGUGGCUACAACACAGUUGAGUGGGUUCGUUAAAUCACUAAAGCUGCUUCGUACGAGAUAAGGUGCUAAGAUGAAAGAACUACUUGAGUUGAGGUUGUCUUCGAUUGAUAGUCGGUGUAAAAAUUAAUCUUUUUGAGGGAUGGAAUCAUACCAACACUUAUGCACCGAAUCCUGUUAGGACUUUAAAUGUGUGUGGGCGAGAAUAGUACUAGGAUGGGUGACCCGCAAAGAGUUCUAAUGUUUCACCUGUUACUGACCCCAACUAGUUUGGAAUUGAGGCGGAGCUUGAUUAUCUUUUUUUUUUUUUUUGGUUGUUGUUGUUGUUGUUGUGAGUGAUUUGUGAGGACUAACAGAAGAGACCUUUAGUUAAUACUUGUCUAGUCCUUUUGCUUAUUGUUGUUGGUUUGUUUGAUAUAUUUUCCCACACAAAUUACUGUAUCUUUGUCUAGCUGGUUCCUGGAAAUGAAUUAGAAGCUAUUUAACCUUCUAUUAAUUGAAAUGUUUUCUUUUGGUUCUAUCAUAUGUGGAUUAAUGACAUAGAGUUUGGAAAAGUUUGAAAGAAAAGUAGACUAAAUCGUGUAACACUUCCUUUUUUAAUUGUUGAAGUUGUUUAAUAUUUUAUGUAUUUGUAUUAGUUUGGUGAAUUGUUGGCAGUUAUUUGAGUUGG